AAAUGUUAUUUUAUGACAGCUUCCUCCGCCCUUGGAGUUACUAUAAUAAUACUGUAGUUGAUAAACGAUUUAGCUAGCUUGAAAGUUUCGCUUGUCCCCAAUAACCAUUCUUGAAUCUACCUGUUUUUUACCCUUCUCAAACAGAGAGAGUAAUUUAGUGUUAGCAAUAUGCAAGUUGAAAGAAUAAUUAAUGCUCUUGGAGACAUAUGUGUGGGCAUUUAGCAAAGAACAAAUCUUUCAGAUCAAAUAAAGUUUGAAUCUUUUUUUUUUUCACACAAAGUUUUAUUCAUUGUCAUUUGAAGGAAACUUAAAAUAGUCAAAAGUUAAGUAGUAAGAAAUCUCUAAAACCGCAUGGGAAAAACAAGUCCAAUAUAUUUGCUUGGAAGUUGACUUUUCCAAGACAUAUUUGUACUAGAAUCUUCGGGAAAAAAACAAUCUUGAACUGGGGUUUUACAAAUUGUGAUCCCCAUUUGCUUGGGAGUUGACUUUUCCAAUACAUUGUUGUACCAGACCCAAUCUUGAACUGGGGUUUUCUUGUUAUUUUGGGAUCCCAUUUUGCAGAUUUUGAGGAGUAAUGGGGGAAGAAGCCAAACUUCAAAUUAUUAAUAAUGAGGUGGAGGAAGUCCAAGAAAAUGAACAUAAUAAUGGGAUCUGUAGUUCUAUUUGUGCUCCAUUGAACUGGUUCAGAAUGCUAGCUAUGGAAUUGCAUUGGAGUUAUGUGUUUGGUGUGGUGAUUGUAUAUGGAGUAAGCCAAGGACUUGGUGGAGCUUUUUCCCUCAUAAGCACAGAGUACUAUAUGAAGGAUGUACAAAAAGUUCAGCCUUCUGAAUCUCAGGUUUAUUCAGGAAUAACUUCAAUCCCUUGGAUUGUCAAGCCUCUUUGGGGUCUUCUUACUGAUGCUGUUCCCAUUUUGGGGUAUCAUCGCAGACCUUAUUUCUUGUUUGCCGGUUCUCUUGGAGCUGUCUCCAUGUUGUUCUUAUCGUUGCACAAGAACUUGCAUAUUGUGCUUGCAGUGCUCUCCUUGACAGCUGGAAGUGCAGCGGUUGCUAUUGCUGACGUGACUGUUGAUGCAUGCGUGGCGCAAAAAAGUGGUUCUCAUCCUUCCCUUGCAGCUGAUAUGCAAAGCUUAUGUGCCUUGAGUUCCUCAAUUGGGGCACUAGUGGGAUUUUCUUUAAGUGGUAUAUUAGUUCACUUACUUGGCCCUAUGGGGGUAUAUGGCUUAUUGUCCAUACCAGCCGGGCUUGUUGUUUUGGUAGGAGUUCUGCUCAAGGAAUCUCAGACAUACGACUUUGCUUAUCAACAGGUAAACCAGAACUUAACUGAUGCUGCCAAGGCUAUGUGGAAUACUUUGAAACGCCCGGAAGUUUGGCAACCAUGUCUUUAUCUGUACUUGUCCUUUGCACUGAGUGUAGAUAUCCAGGACGGAAUGUUCUACUGGUCAACAGAUUCAGAGGGAGGACCACAUUUUUCGAAGGAGAGUAUCGGAUAUAUAUCAGCGGUAGCUUCCAUUGGAGCGCUAUUCGGGACUAUACUGUACCAAUAUGGAUUGAAAGACCAUUGUUUUCGAGACCUACUCUGUUGGGCUCAGUUAUUGUUUGGUCUGUCAGGAAUGCUAGAUUUGGUGCUGGUUUUACGUUUAAAUUUGAAAUUUGGUAUACCUGAUUAUUUCUUCGCGGUGAUGGAUGCAAGUGUAUAUCAAAUGGUUUUACGCCUAAAGUGGAUGCCGCUUCUUGUUCUAAGUUCCAAGCUCUGUCCUCCUGGCAUUGAAGGCACAUUUUUCGCAUUGCUCAUGUCAAUUGACAAUGCUGGAGUUCUAACAUCAAGAUGGGGAGGUGGAUUGUUGCUUCAUGUCUUCAAAAUUACAAGGACAAAGUUUCAUAAUCUCUGGCUAGCCAUUUUGAUAAGGAACAUUUUGAGAAUCACUCCCCUUUUUGUACUAUUUUUGGUUCCCAGAAGUGAUCCUAACUCCUCUAUCCUUCCUGAUGAAGUGUCAGAUUCAAAAGAAACCACCAAAACCCCAGCAACUCAGAAUGAAAAUAUCGAACUCGUUGCUUUGGUUCACAACAUGGAUACUAGAUAGUGGAUUAUACACGUUUUCAUUUAAUAUUAUAGAAAUAGUUACCGGAUACAAAUUUUAGACACCGCCCUUUUUUUGUAUGGUUUAGUUUAGAUAGUAAAAGUUGUUGGGCAGAAGAUCCAUUUUUCUCUGUAUUUUAUGAAUUUUUAUCACAUUGACAGCAAGCAUGUGAAAACAGAAAUUACACUGUAUUAAACUUGCAAGGCAUUUGUUUCUUGUGGAUUAUUCUUAACUAUAUAAUAAGUGGCAGUGAUGGUA